AUUCAUUCUGAGGUACAGCAGCCCAUACAACGUACAAUAUUAUAAUUAGAAUAAUUGUGAAAGUGUAAUAAUUCUACUAGACUUGUGGGCUUUCGAGACAGAAAAUACAGCUUUAACAAAAAGGAAUGCUCGAAAGAUCCCUAACUUUCAGUCCUGUUAUAAAUGUACAUGUUGCUAGGCAACAUGUGCACGUAAAACAUACCGGAAUUUUGCGGUUAGCUCAAGCUAAAACGAAAUACGGGAUAAUUUCUCCUUUGCGCACUCUGUGCUAACUCACAAAAAUGGCGGUCAGUGGCAGCAUAUCCGAUCAGAAAGUGGAGCUUCAGCGUAAAAUCAAAUUUCUUGAGUGCGAAAAAACAGCACGUUAUGAGAGGACUGAGGCCACCACCAGGAAGCAAAAAGAGUUCAUCCGUCAGCUGAGGCAGGAGAACGAGAACCUGCGUAAACAGCUGGCAGAAACUAAGGCUCCUGAUGAACAUAUAAUCAAAGUGGCCUUUAAAAACAGAGAUAUGGAGGGGAAGGCAUUCUGCAACAGCACAGUGAAGGAAGUAAAUAAAAUGCUAAAUGAAGGAGUGCUGUUCAAGAGGAAGUGUAUCAAUGCUGUAAAACACACAAAUGAGGUCUACCAGCGUCGCCUCAAUCAAUUGAAGAUGGAGUACCAGAAGCUGAAAUCAGAGAGCAGCAGCAGUAAAGUAUCCUCUGAUGCUCGCACUCGGAAAAAAAAGGACGAUGCCAUGAAACUGCGGGCUCUGGAGAAUGAUCUGGAGAAAACCCAGUUUAAAUGCAUGGAAGCUCAGAACAUCAUAGUUAACUAUCUGAAAUUCAAAAAUCACUUACAUGAGGAGAGUCUCACUUACAAGGGCCAGUUGGACUGUCUGGAAGCAGAAAUCCUGAAGCAAAGAGAGGAGAUGAAUAAGCUGCAGAUCAUGAAUAAUGACCAACAGCUCUCCAAAGAAGCUACUAAGGAUGAGUUGCAGAAGCGGGAAGAGCUGCUUUACAAGGACAGUAAGGAGAGGGCGCGUAUAAUAGCAAGUUACAGGAAAAAGGUUAAGGAAUGCAAGGCCCAGCCUGAAAAAGUCGAUAUAAGGAUAACUCUGCCAGAAAAACUAAGCGGUGAGGCCCAGCACAUCAUCACCGGGAUGGAAGAAGAAGAUUUGAAAAAAAUCUCUACUUUUGAGGAGGCCUUCAGGCACAUCAGCGAGACCACAGGUGUCACAGACAUACAGGAGAUACUGGAGUGCUUUAACUCUCAGGAGGAGACACACCAGCAUCUGCUGAAAAGGAAGGAAGAGAAUGAGAAAGUCCUGCUGCAGCUGAAGGAAGAGAAGGAGCUUCUGAGCCAACAGUUUGAGGAGAUGAAAUAUUUUAGACAGGCUAAACACCCCAGUGACCAGCAGGCCCUGCAGGAGUCUGAGCAGCACCUGCAGACUCAGCAGCAGAAGUGUGAUGCAGCCAAAGAGCGACUGGAUUGGCUCUUGAAGACUCUUCACACUGCCCAAGCUGGAGUUGAGCACCUGGCAAACAAACUUCAACACAUCUCACUGAGUGAGGACACAGUUCCUGAAGUGGAUCCAGAUUCUGAUCACUUUGUUCUGGAGCUGAUGGCCCAGUGUGAGAAGAAAUUACUGUCACUGCACAAAGAACUUCAGGGGAAGGAUGUGGCUGGUAUAAUGAAAGAGCUGGAAAAAAACAAGUUGUACAUAAGAAGUGAAGAAGAACUGUCAGCAUACAUCACCAGAGCCAAACAACCUGUGGAUCAAGCACAUGACCCCCUCCAUGACAAGAAUGAGACUGACGAGGGCAAAGCUAAGGUCAUCACGCGUGAAGCGCUGAAGCUUCAGUCUCAGCUAAUCAUUGACUCCCACUCCAAGAAAAAGACCAAGAUGAAGAUGUUGAAGAAGAAGGGCAAGUUGUAAAGCGACAACACAAUCCUCAAUGUCUCCCAAAAACGUGAAAUAUAAAAUGGGAUGAUUGUGUCCAAGACUUUCCGCGACAAUUGUUUCACCUCUGUAAUUGUUAUUUUGUGUCUUUUGUGUCUGCUAUAAAGAUAUUUAGUAUACUGUAAAUGAAAACAUGUAUUUUAACAUUAUAACAGUAUUAAAUGAUUUUCAUAAAUUGA